AUAUGUUGGCGGCGGCAGUAGUAGCGCCUUUCGUGAGGCCAAGGGUAGGUUUAUGGUUAAGUGUGUGAUGCGAGAGGCUAGACUCAGGUCUUGGGCGCGGAUCGUGCUGGGGGGAAGGAGGGGCUAGGCAAGGAUGGUCGCGCUCGUCCACGAUCACAAAAUGUCGAGGGGCUAAAGUCGAUGGUACAGCUUGGGGAGCGCGCACUAAUAUAGUGCGAUAUUGAAUCGGCCUGGUGUGUGGACUGAAUCCAAGUCCAACAGAGUCUAGCGCCUGAUGCCGAGAUGGGUAAGGGGGUGCUAAAGUGUAUCUGGCGACGAACCUGACUCUUGUCUGUUCUGAGCGACUCAAGGCAGUGCAGGGGGGGCGUGUGUGUCUGCCCGAAAGCUUCUGUCGGGACGACGAGCGCAGGUGCGGGACCGAAGAAUUUUAUAGGGCCCUUGACAAAAUGAAUGACGGAGUGAUGGACAGGACGAGCUCCGCAACUUGGCGCGACCCAGCUCUCGAUGCGAGGUGGGACCGAGUGGCAGGCGGCUGGUCCUUGUCUGCGUCGACUGCAGCAGCGCGAGGCCCAGAAUCAGCGAACCCCGGUGAGGCAACGAACUCUGGCAAAUUCCCCUUGGCUGGAAGAUGGCGACUUCCAGGUGGGCGGUACCAGCUCUGUGGACGGCGAGCAGUGGGAGCAGUGGGAGUCUGCGCUUAUCGAAGCGGUGGGAUGGUGUUGGACGAGGCCGAGGGGGCGUGCAAGAGUCGGGGGAUUUCCGUCGUAGCGCAGGCAGAUAGUGGAAUUAGUUCACAGGUCCAAGUUGCGCAGACUAGACUCCGCUGCGUCUGGGUCGAGGUAGAUCCCUCUGCCGAGUGUACCCCACGUAAGUCGACCGGUGCCGGAUCAGCCGCUGACUCGUGCCUUGAGCGAAAGCGGCGGCGGCGAGUGCGAGCAAUUACGGAUACGCGAGGAGAAGGCGCCCGGAUGGGGGUGUGCGAAGAGACGAGAGAACGGAGAAGGCGGCGAGGAGGCAAGGUGAAAGAGUGGAGGUGGGAAAAAAACCAAGGAGGGUCGCGGGCUGGUGACUGCGCUUUUCUGGCUAGCAGAAAUUGACGACGAGUGUGAAGGAGCAGACGAAAGAGAACCCUGCCCCCUGCCAACCUUCUGGUCCUCCUCAAUCCUCACUCCCAGUCCCCAGUUCCCAGUUCCCAGUUCCCAGCUCCCAACUCCCCUGACUGACCAGGUUCACCACGACUAGAAACUGUGGCGGA